GAUCAAAUCAAACUCACUUGAUUUUGAUGAAAAAUCCAUCAGAAACCAACACUAAAUAGAGGCUUAUCUUGAAGAUUACAACUCCAAGAAGAGGUUAAAAAGCACAUCUACCUGGUGAAAAGAAGAGGGAAAGAGAGUGGAUCUAAGAGACAUUAAAAGUAGGCAUUAAUACCCUUCUGCAACACAUCAACUAACCGGCUACUCCUUGACCUGCCACUCUGAAGUAUUUACUGCGCUCUGUCAACCUUAUAAUAUAAUCACCCAUUCCCUUCUCUCAGCUACUCAUCAUCAUUCAAAGCUUCUUCUUCUUGCUUGUGUUUCUUCGAGAACUGAGAUCAUGGGGAAGGAGAAAUACAAGCAAACCUCAUUGUUGAUGUGGGUUUUGGGGGCCGGGCUGCUUUGCCAAAACUUGGUCAUUGUUCCUGUAAUGGCUACAUUCUUUGAAGAUCAAAAGAACUACCCAUCCCCAGACCCACAUGCAGCAAGUCCCCCCACAGGUUCAGCCAGAAGCCCUCACCAUGGCAGUGGUACUCCAUCACAUGGAGUUAGACAUAGUGGCACUCCAUCACAUGGAGGUAGCCAUGGUGGCACUCCAUCACAUGGAGGUAGCCAUGGUGGCACUCCAUCACAUGGAGGUAGACAUAGUGGCACUCCAUCACAUGGAGGUAGCCAUGGUGGCACUCCAUCACAUGGAGGUAGCUAUGGUGGCGCACCACCCACCCCCCCAACCCAAUCCAAUGGAAAUUGUGGAACUCCACCAAGUGUGCCUACUCCAUCAACACCACCAAGUGAGCCUACUCCAUCAACACCACCAACUGUGCCUACUCCAUCAAUACCUUCAGAUCCUCCUCAAGGAGGUGGUGGAUACUACCCCUCUCCUCCAAGCUCUGGCGGUAGUCCUCCAACACCUAUCAUUCUGACCCCACCAACUGUGCCUACUCCAUCAAUACCACCAAGUGAGCCUACUCCAUCAACACCACCAACUGUGCCUACUCCAUCAAUACCUUCAGAUCCUCCUCAAGGAGGUGGUGGAUACUACCCCUCUCCUCCAAGCUCUGGCGGUAGUCCUCCAACACCUAUCAUUCUGACCCCUCCAAGCACCCCUUUCGUUCCCUCACCUCCAAGCACCCCUUUCGUUCCCUCACCUCCAUUUAUUCCCGAUCCAAAUUCACCAUUCACAUGCAAUUACUGGAGGAAUCAUCCUGGAAUAAUAUUUGGUCUCCUGGGGUGGUGGGGAACCCUAGGCAGCGCAUUUGGAACGAAUAGCUUGCCGGGGCUUGGAGCAGGCAUGAGCUUGCCACAAGCACUAUCAAAUACACGGACUGAUGGGUAUGGAACACUCUACAGAGAAGGGACUGCUGCCUUGCUCAACUCCAUGUACGCCAGACGAUUUCCUUUCACUACAAGUCAAGUCAGGGAGAAUUUCCUAACUGCACUCGCCUCCAAUAAGGCUGCAGCUGCUCAGGGACAGCUCUUUAAGCUAGCCAACGAAGGCAGACUCAAGCCCAGAAACUAAUUAGUCACCCUUUGAUUUUCACUCUUUGGAAAGCAUUUUAUAUUGUGGUGUGUGCUAGUUUUCAUGCGUUGGUAGUAUCUUCAUAUAUAUUCGAUGUUCUUAUUAUAGGCAGGGUUGAGAGAUUUGAAUGCUUUAAGUUGAUGUUUUUUAAGUAAGAUUAUGGCGUACUUAGUUCCA